UGUCACUUUUUCAUUCUGAUAUGGCACUCAAGGUAUUAACACUGGCCACCCUUGUGGUCGCCGCCAUCGCACUUCCUGAUAGUCACCCUACGUAUGGUUACCCCGCUCCGACACCCGCUUAUGCUCCAGCAAAGUACGACUUCAACUAUGCCGUAAACGACCCACCAUCUGGUAACGACUUUGGACACCAGGAAGCCCGUGACGGUGACAACACACAGGGAUCCUACUACGUCCUGCUUCCCGACGGUCGUCUGCAGAGGGUUACCUAUACCGUUAACGGAGACUCCGGUUACGUGGCUGAUGUCACCUACGAGGGAGAGGCUCAGUAUCCCUACCCCACAGACCUCCUAUGGGCCUCCUCAGCCUUCCUAUAAGCCACCCACACCCUCUUAUGCUUAAGACAUGUUAAUCAGGAAAUUAUUAAGGCUUUGUACCAAGGAUAUUUAUUGAUCUCGGAUCUUUGUAAAUAUGAAUUAUUAAACAA